UUUUGAACCUUUGUGGCCUAAAGUCUGCUGUGUUUCACUUCACUGAGUCUGUGUGAUGUUGAUGUGAAUCAACAUAUGAUGCAAACUAACAGAGUCAGAUAUCAGAGAGCUCCAUGCUGCAUGCUUCAUGCUUCAUGUUUCAUGUUUCAUGUUUCAUGCUGCAUGCUUCCUGUGUCUUUCCUCAGAGUGAUGGAGCAGAGGGAGGUGCAGCAGCAGAUCCAGGACCAGGUCAGCCAGGUUUUCUCCAGGCUGAACUUCUUCCAGUCCGACUGGGACGUCGCCUUCUUUGCCGUCUUCUUCAUCUUCAUCGGUCUGGUCCUGCUGCUGGUGGUUCUGGUUCUGAUCCGCUGCUGCUGCUGCUGCUGCUGCGACGAUGAGAAAUUUCAAAAUCGAAAGGUUGGCGUGGAGAACAUGGCGAUGGAGCCCUGAUGGAGUCCUGAUGGAGCCCUGAUGGAGUCCUGAUGGAGUCCUGAUGGAGUCCUGAUGGAGCCCUGAUGGAGCCCUGAUGGAGUCCUGAUGGAGCCCUGAUGGAGUCCUGAUGGAGCCCUGAUGGAGUCCUGAUGGAGCCCUGAUGGAGCCCUGAUGGAGCCCUGAUGGAGUCCUGAUGGAGCCCUGAUGGAGCCCUGAUGGAGUCCUGAUGGAGUCCUGAUGGAGGCUGUGAAGUUUGAUCAACGACCAGCUGAACCUUUAAGUUUUAGUGUCUUUUGUGCCAAAUCUUUGCAAAGCAAAUUUAAUCGACUUGCACACAUAAAAAACUAAAUUUAACACCUGUGAUCUUUAUCACGUUAUCACUUUAUCACUUUAUACGGGUUUUAUGAGUGAGGAGCUGCAGACACCCAGUUGUGUUUUCAUUCUUCUGUAUAUUUGAAAGUCACUUCCUCUUUCUUUCAGUUGAUGAAAGAAUGUUUUAUUAUGUUUUAACACAUGAAUAAAGGUGAUUAAAAUGGCCACUUUAAUCUGUUUUAUGUUCCUUCUCUUGUUCAUUUAUGGAUCCAAGCAAACCACAAAGACAUAGAACACAACAUCAUAUGAAGGCAUACAUAAUAAUAAUAAUAAUAAUAAUAAUAAUAAUAACUAGAACAUUUCCUCUGGGGAAAUUCUGAAAGGG